UGACGUGUAAUCUAGUGGACGGGACGUUUCUACAACAAUAACAACUGUUAGCCAGCCAGCCAUCUCGGUAGCUUGUUAGCCAACAUAGCGGAAACAUUGGAGCUCUUUCGAAGCUUUCAGCGUAUAUAUAUGUUUUAAAGACAUUUAUGUCGUCUAGCUGUUACCCCGUUUAAUUUCAUAUUGACGUUGUUAGACAUCUAGCUAGCUGGUUAACUUAGCAAUAACACUAAGCUAGUUGCUGAUGCUAGUGAGGUAGCAAGCUAACACCCCAUGACAGGAGGUCACGAAGCUAACUCUUCUCCUGCUAAUGAAGAGGAGGUCUGCUGGACGGAGAAAGAAACUCGAGAAAGAAGUGGAGGCUGUUACAGUAAUUAAAAACAAGUAGAGGGUGAGGAUGUUACAGUAAAAGAGGAAGACGUUAUAGUGAAAUAAGAGAAAUACGCUUUCAGCGUGAAAGAGGAGAAAGAUGUUGACUACCGUGAAAGAGGAGGAGGAGAAGGAAGAGAAAGAGGAGGAUGUCGUUUUUGGAAUGAAGGAGGGGGAGAUGACUGUCACAGUGAAAGAGGAGGAAGACGUUUUUGGAGUGAAGGAGGAAGAGGAGGAGAUUACUGUCACAUUAGAGGAAGACGAAGAAGAGAAGACUGGAGAUCUGAUUAACACCAGUAAAUACAGAGAUAUACCAGACUCUCACUCUGACAGAGGGAAGAGUCCUUCAGAGGAACCAGACUCAGAGACGCCCAAACCAGCGAGACGACACCACUGCUCCCAGUGUAAUAAGAGUUUUAAGUGGUUAUGGAAGCUGAAAGAGCAUGACGGAACACACACAGGAGAAAAGCAUUACCACUGCUCUCAGUGUGGAAAGGAUUUUACCAACUUAGGGAACCUAAAAAAACAUACAAAAUUACACACAGGAGAGAAGCCUUUCCAAUGCUCCCAGUGUGGGAAGGGUUUUACACGGUUAGGGAACCUUAAGGAUCACAUAAGAGUACACACAGGAGAGAAGCCUUUCCAAUGCUCCCAGUGUGGAAGUGGUUUUACUCAGUUAGGGAACCUGAAAAGGCAUGAAAGAAUGCACACAGGAGAGAGAACUUUCCAAUGUUCCCAGUGUGGAAAGAGUUUUACACGGUUAUGGAGCCUGAAAGAACAUAACAUAGUACACACAGGAGAGAAGCCUUUCCAAUGCUCCCAGUGUGGAAAUAGUUUUACACAGUUAGGGAGCUUGAAAGCUCAUGAAAGGACACACACAGGGGAGACAUCUUACCAUUGCUCUCUGUGUGGAAAGAAUUUUACCAAGUUAAAGAACCUAAAAAAACAUAUAAAAUUACACAAAGGAGAGAAACCUUUCCAAUGCACCCAAUGUGGAAAGGAUUUUACACGGUUAGAGAACCUGAAGGAUCAUAAAAGAAUACACACAGGAGAGAAGCCGUUCCAAUGUUCCCAAUGUGGAAAGAGUUUUACACGGUUAGGGAACCUGAAGGACCAUCAAAUAAUGCACACAGGAGAGAAGCCUUUCCAAUGUUCCCAGUGUGGAAGUGGUUUUACCCAGUUAGGGAACCUGAAAAGGCAUGAGAGAAUACAUACAGGAGAGAAGUCUUUCCAAUGUUCCCAGUGUGGAAAGAGUUUUGCACAAUUAGGGAGCCUGAAAGAACAUAAAAUAGUACACACAGGAGAGAAGCCUUUCCAAUGCUCCCAGUGUGGAAAGGGUUUUACCCUGUUAGGGAACCUGAAAAAGCAUGAGAGAAUACACACAGGAGAGAAACCUUUCCAAUGUUCCCAGUGUGGAAAUAGUUUUAAAAGCUUAGGGAGCAUGAAGGAGCAUGAAAGAGCACAUACAGGGGAGACAUCUUACCAUUGCUCUCUGUGUGGAAAAGAUUUUACAAAGUUAGGGAACCUAAAAAAACAUAUAAAAUUACACACAGGAGAGAAGCCUUUCCAAUGCUCCCAGUGUGGGAAGGGUUUUACACGGUUAGGGAACCUGAAGGACCAUCAAAGAGUACACACAGGAGAGAAGCCUUUCCAAUGCACCCAGUGUGGAACGGGUUUUACCCAGAUAGGGAACCUGAAAAGGCAUGAGAGAACCCACACAGUCUUAACAAUGACCCCAGGAGUUGGAAACGGUUCGAAGAACAGAACAAAAAAACGCAAACAAUGUGUUUUAUUGAGGAACAGAAACCGAACCGGGAAAGAAAGUGAUCUCUACUGUUCUGGAACAGAAGCAUUAUUUUAAAAACUAUGGUAACCGGUUAAUAACGUUCUUUUAAAGUAACUGUCCUGUGAAAAUCUAACUUUUUAAAGUUAAUCCUCUCUUAACCUCUUAAAUCAUAUCCAAAUAAUGUUGUUGACACUUCCGAUUCUCGUAUUUGAGACCAAAGCAUAAAUUACAGAAGAAAGAAAAACAUAUCAAACCUCUUUGAAAAAUGACUCUUUCCUCAUAGAACAUGUCAUCUCCCUGAGGAGGAUGAACUGGCCAAUCAGCGGUCUUGAGGAGAAUGAGCUGGCCAAUCAACGGUCUACUCAAGGGUAUUUUUAAUGACCGGAUAUACGCCCACACCAUUCUAUUAGGAAGGCGUUCUUAAUGUUUUGUACACUCUGUGUGCCUCAAUGUAUUGUUACACCAUGUAGGAGCAGUAUAGACCUAGUCUGUUCAUUAUAUACAUCUACAUGAUGUAUUAUUACACCAUGUAGGAGCAGUAUAGACCUAGUCUGUUCAUUAUAUACAUCUACAUGAUGUAUUGUUACACCAUGUUGGAGCAGUAUAGACCUAGUCUGUUCAUUAUAUACAUCUACAUGAUGUAUUGUUACACCAUGUAGGAGCAGUAUAGACCUAGUCUGUUCAUUAUAUACAUCUACAUGAUGUAUUGUUACACCAUGUAGGAGCAGUAUAGACCUAGUCUGUUCAUUAUAUACAUCUACAUGAUGUAUUGUUACACCAUGUAGGAGCAGUAUAGACCUAGUCUGUUCAUUAUAUAUUUGUUAAUACUAUCUGUUUGUUUGACUGAAUCAAUAUUAUUAUUAUUAUUUUUGUUAUUAUUAAUUAUAUAUAAAAUUAAUAAGACAUUGCCUAAAAUGCAGAUGUAUAGGAGACGUUUGUUUUAAAUCAUUAAAAAUCUGCACUAAUCAACAGUUGCU